UCGAACUGUCAAAAUGGAAGUGAAUUUCAAACCUACUCACUGGCUUUCGGGAAGUUCCCAUAAAUGUCUUUAACUCCUGAAGAUCCACCCCUGCGCUGCUCUGACUGAACUGUGCCGCUCUGCACUCUCGGGGAGCCACACAAAGGGUUAAAUCUCCGGGCCAGCAACGCAAUGCAUUGACUCAAGUGUCUGUGCGGCUUGGCACGGCAGAGAGGGGGAAGUCGGAUGGCCAGCUGCCUGCACAUCACCUGACUUACUGCUGCCUUACACAAUCUAGAGGGUCAGGAAUGGUGAUCUGGUGCCUUUUAAUCAUUGCCUUCUGGCUCUGUCAAGGCCGCAAUGCCCAGCAGUCAGAGCAACUGGAGUGCUUCAAUGACUACCUCCAGGAAGUGACCUGCAGCUGGCCUGCCAAGCCAGACACCAACUGUUCAACUGAUUACAUUCUGUGGUAUCAGAUCUUGCUUUCCUCAAUGAACUUUCUUAACAUCACAGAUAUUGAUAGUCUUCCAGGAUCAGUUUGUCAAUGCAAGAUCAGGAAGCAAGAUUUGACGUAUAGUACUGAACACAAGAUCAAGGUGUACUACAAUAAAAGUGAGAUCUUCUCCAAAGCUUUCAGUGCUCCACAAACUAUCAAGCCUUUAGCUCCCUAUCACCUCUCAAUCAACACUUCGAAAGACAAACAGGCAUUUUUGGUCUGGGUGGAUGAGUACACCGAUGAAUCCAUUGGAGAUUAUAUCGAGUAUGAAGUUGCCUAUAUGAAGACAGGAGGAAAUUGGAAGAAGUUCAGUAAAACCAGUCAGAAAAUGUUGGCGCUAAAUACACUGCUGGAGCCAGGAUACACCUACCACAUGAAGGUCCACUCUAAACCAACAAAGAGCUACAGCGGCAUAUGGAGUGACUGGAGCCCUGAGUGCCAGUGGAGUUACGAAUCCUCAGAAUGGAUUUCACCCACACUUAUUGUCCUUGUGUGCAUCUUCAUCCCACUGCCAGUGGCGCUCUGCUUCUAUGCAUUCCAGUUAGCAAAGAAGUUCUGGUGGGAGAAAAUUCCCUCGCCUCUGAAGAGCUCGGUGUCCAAGCAAAUUUUCAACAAACCGCAGAUAAAUGGAUUCAUUUUCAGUGAAAAUAAGAUUGAUGACUGCAAAGUGGAGAAGAUCUCAUGCAUGACAGAAGUAUCACGGGAGAGGGCCAAGGUUGAAGAUACCACUGAGCAGCUUGGUAAAGACAGCUUCACGUUCCCUGCCUUCCCACACUGGAUGAAGGAGACCAAGCACGAUGAGAAGACUCCCUUUCCAGGCUUCGGCUUCCCGGUGCUGAUGGACUUCCCAUCUCUUUUCCCGCUGCCCAUUGAGGAUUUAUCGCUGGUUCCCUCAGAUGCUCCAGGUUAUUCCUUAUUCAACGGUGUAGCCAAGGACCAAUGGGUCGAUGAGGGAGAUGGCUACCAUCCCUUCACCGGCAAUGAAGAGGGAAGCCUCCCACUGACACUGUCCACCUACUCCUUGAGCCCAGGGCCCGGCAGGGAGGCAACUCGAUCAUCCGAGCAAGUUGGCUACCAGACCUUUAACAGCUGUGUAUCCAAGCCCUGGGCCACAGUAUCUGAAGGGGGAUGGGACCCUGGAGAGCAGAGCUCAGAAGCACUGCUGAUGCCUCUGGAGCCAAAUCACAUUGAGUCAUCUGAAUACAUGGCUGCCAGCGACCAGACAUUCACAGCAAGUGGCAAGGGGUUGCCCAGCUGGGAAAGAAGUGGUGAUCACAGCACUUCACACAAUUUCACUCCAGCCUCUGGGACUGACUUCCUGUUGUGUCCCUUCCCACUGUUUCCCGAAAGCCUACCAUCCACAACCUUUCCGCCGAGUGUUCCAGGAAAGCUAGAGUUUCAAGAACCCCCUUCCAUCCACUGGGGGCCAGGCAUGUCACUGAGCCUGGCUCCUUCUCUCUACCCUCCUGGAAAAGUUACCUGAAACCAGAGCCCGGCCAGCGGCCAGUGUCGGACAUGGUGAACGAGUCUCGUAGGAUUUAGGGUACAAGUUAACUAAUGAAGCUAUAAUCAGAAUAAUUAGAGUAUAUUUGCAUGUUUCUGGCUUAGAGUUAGACAUGUAAACUACCAAAAGGGUAAUGAGGGCUGAAUAUGGAGGGACAAAAUUCUUUACAACAUAGGAGGCCAUUCAGCCUGUAAAGUCCACGCCAGCUCAGAGAGCAAUCCCAGUCCCCCUCUCAUACUACCACCCACCUACAGCUAGGGUCAUUUGCAGCAGCCAGUUUAACCUUUGCGUCUUUGAAAUGCGGGAGGAAACCAGAGCACCCCCACACAGUCAAGGGGUCAACAUGCAAACUCCACACAAAAGCGCCAGAGAUCGGGAUUGAAUCCAAGUUGCUGGAGCUGUGUGGCAGCAGCUCUACUGGCUGCAGCACUGUGCCUCCCAAAAUUAUUAAAGAAAUACACUGCCUGUUUGUUGAUUUAAAAACAAGAGUAUUGCACACCUAGUCCUAAAGUCAGUCAAUCGCUUCUUUAUAGGGGUGUGUCACAAGGAGAUAGACUCUUACACGUUAAUAAAAGGCAAGUACUGACAGGCACAGACUGAGUCUCUGUAUUCAGAGAAAUUGCUAUACUUGAUAAGAGAAUAGACAAUGUGGGUAAAAGGCAAGCUGUCCUCCCAGGGACAACCUGAGAGCUACAAUUUGGUCUGCCUUAUCCAUCAGAGGGAAGAGACAAUUUUACGGGCAAGAAGAGCAGAGCUGCUAAAGCAGGUCACACCUAUAUAAUUAUUAUUUCGGUCUAACAGGUGACCAACAUGAGUAAAGCAAUAUGGGUUUAAGAAUAGUGAGCCAGCUGGGACUGCUGAAUGGAGAGGGGUGGGGGAGAUCAAAUAGUGGCUGAGAAGAUGAUAAUGGGAAGGAGAAGAGAAAGUACUCUCUGGCCAUUCAAAUCACCUUUGGCCAGUAACCUUGUUUACUCAAAGCCAUUCCCAUUUCUAAAUUAAGUAAAUAUGUUGCAAAUUAUCUGCUAAUCAGUCAUGCUGAAGCCAAAUUCCAUGCAAACAGCUUGCAUUUAAUAUUGAAGACAGCAGUCUCAACAGGAAAGACUGGGAACUGUGUUGCCUGAAAUAUUGUGAGGAUGGUGAACCAUCUAAGAGAUACGAUGCUCUGCAAGGAACUGUCUUUACUCAACAGGAGAGGGAACCCUUGAGUCAAAUAAUCACAUUGUAAAAAUUAAAAAUCUUUAAAAGACGCAAUAAUAUUGGAAAGAGUUGUUAUCUGCUUUUUAUAAAUGUACUUUUCUCUAAAAUGUUCAUUCUGGAUCUUAAAACAAUAAAGGGAGAGUUUACCAUG